ACCUUGGAGUGGAGCAGAACAAUGGCUCGUUCCUCUUUGCAGGCACAUCUUUUUCUAUUCAGAGCUCACUAACCCCUCUGUUCCAGCUGCAUUUCAGCCCAGGGAUGUAAUGUCUGCUAAACUGCAGGGAAGUUACCAGAGAACUGCUACAGAAGUUCUCAAGUCAGCUCAGCUCCAGAGGUAGCUGCGUUUUCAGGGAAGCCUAAAGUUACAUGCAGUGCUUUUAUAAACAAAGUGUGCAAAUACUUCCCGUGGGCUCAUCCCAUCGUAUUUUGCAACUCUUGAUCAUUUGAACAAUAGAAGUAUGAAGCAAUUAAAGCCUUUAAUGUUCUCAGCAUGAACAGAUCUAUCAAAGUUCACAAGCAGAAUCCAAAAUUGGACUAAUUUUAAAAUUAAUACUGAUAAUUGACAGUGCAUGACUAAGCUUGAGUGGGUGCUUUCAUGAGGAAUUGAGAAAUACUCUAUCUUUAGAUGGAGGACUGAUGAAACCCACCCUUUCCAGAGCACAUGGGAUGAGCAGCACUGGACCAGUGGAUAGUGCAGGGACUCACCACAACAGGGAACUCCUACUUUGGAUUCAGUAAAAGGCAUCCUGAGAUAUGAAUGCCUUACAGCUGAGUGUCAUUUUAUUGGGCUGAGUCCAGUGUGGUUCCUACCCCAAAGAAAACCCAUCAGUGGUGAUGCUGCAGGAGAGGUCUCACGUGAGGGCCCUCCAUUGCAAGGGCAGCUUUGCACUUCUGUAGCUGAUGGGAGAGGACAACGGCUUGGUAACAGGACCUACCAAGAGGUGGCAGGAUGAGCUCCAGCUCACCCUCUGUGCAUGAUUUGCAUCACAGCACCCCCACCAUGGCCAAGCCAGAGCCAGGGACAGCUCUGGAUGUGACUGUACCACAAACACUCACCAUAAGCCCUGAGACUACCAGUUUCAACAGCACCAAAAUCCCAGACAUGGCCAGCACUGGACCUGGCAUGAGCACCAUGCUGCUUUCCUUUGGGAUCAUUACUGUGAUUGGGUUGGCUGUAGCAAUGGUUCUGUAUAUCAGGAAGAGGAAGAGGUUGGAGAAGCUACGGCACCAGCUCAUGCCCAUGUACAACUUUGAUCCCACCGAGGAACAGGAUGAGCUGGAGCAGGAGCUGCUGGAACAUGGGAGAGAUGCAGCAUCUUCCCAGGCAUCACAGAGCAAGGUGCUGCUGCCGAGCCAGGGAGCCGUGCAGAGACCCAGCCGCCUCGUGUUCACUGACGUGGCCAACGCCAUCAAUGCGUGACCGGGACCUGCCCUGCUCCGGGAUCCUGCUCAGAACAAGGACGAAGCCAACAAAGCAGUGACUUCCCUCAAGCAUGGCUGAUCCACUGAACCCAGCUGGUCACCUGUUGGUCUGUGUUAUAAACAGGCACAGGAAGUGCCAGCACUCUGGGAAGCAAACCCUUUGUAAGGGCAGUGGUGAUUUUCUGGUGUGUGUGCUACCACUGUAAGGUCCUGAGCUCCAGUUCCUGGGCUGGCACUGCCUGACGCCACCUACCGAGCUUUGUGCUUAGGGACAGUGCCUGCUCUGUGUAGAUUAACCUGUCAGAGCACAGAGCUGUGCUCUCUGGGUCAGGGAAGGGGAGAGGAGCACAUUUCAGAGACCUUCUCUGCUGGGUUUGUGUGCCCAGGCCCCAAGGAAAGUGAUGGAUGAGCCUCUCUGUACAGUGACCACAGCUCUGGCCAGGGACUGGUGGCAAAGCCUCAUUGAGCCAGGAGAGCUGCCUGCCCCAGCUGAGGGGUGACCUGGGGCACAGCAGGGAGAGCACAACCAUGGGAUUAUCUCCUCCCAGGCCUGUGGCUGCUGAUAAACCUGCACCAGGGUGAUGUUGAAGCAUGGGGAAUUCACUGGCUUUAAAAAGUGAAACAGUGAACAUUUGGCCGAUAAUAACUGAGGAAGUGGCUGAAUAUCCCAAAUUCGAGCUACUAUACAGACAGAGAGGAUUUCACACAGCUAGAGGCACAGACUGUCACUGUCUGGCUCUGUGAGCCCUGCUGCUAAGCUAGGAGUAACAGUGCUUGGGCCACAAAGAGGAGUUAAGCAGAACUAGGGUUCCAAUACCAUUUAUCCCCUCCUGCUUUGGCUCAGGGAAGUUUCCAUAGUACAGAGUGUUAUUCAGGAAAAAAGAUUAAGCUUUGAAAUACUUUCUUUUAAAAAAGGAAAAACAAGUAUUGGCUCAACAACAGCCCAAUGUCUGCCCCCAGAGAUGACUAACAGCUCGUUUGUACUUCCUUACCUGCCAGGACCUGCAGUCAGAGCCUUCUCUUCUUCCUGCUGAAGGGAACACAGAGCUUUGCGUUAGCCUCUGCUCGAGUUACCUGCUAGGAACAGGUAGGUGGGACUAGACAGGUAAGCCAGGGGUUUCCCUGUAGCCCUGAAGCAUCUCUUUGCCUGUGCAUCCUUCAGGGCUGCAGAAGGAAGAGAGGGCAGAGGGGUCUCUGGCCACCUUGGCACGUGGCAGUGCAGUGUGGGGGCCUGUUGGCUGUAAGCCUUUUGGUGGGUACUGGCCUGGAGUGCUGUAGACCACCACAGCAGCCAGGGACCAGCAUCAGUGCCCAACUAUGCCCUGAUCCCCACCUGGUCUUUGUGUGGUUACAGGCAUUUGUUAAUCAGAUUUUAUUCCAUACACAGCACCAGUUAAAAGGGAAUCGGGUUAAGCCAAAAUUUGAAUGUAGAUCUAAAGCUUUAUUCAAGGAGUUGUUUCAGAGUGGCAAUUCAGGUAUCACAUGCUUUGUUGCAAGUUUGGAUCUGCCAGUUAGUUUUUGUCCUCCCAAAUAUUUUAUUCUCUUCCUCUGUGUGAUUGUUUUUCCCAUAUUCAUUAAAUGCAGACUCCUUCCUGGGCCCAGGCCCCUGACCCCUGCAGGGCACAGCUCUGUACUAGCCUUCCCCUCUUCCACUGACAGAGCUUCCCUUAGGGCAGCUUUGCAGAGCUAAAUUGUUUUAGUUUUUCAGUAUCCAGAUGUCGUUUUAGAACUGGGGAUUUCUGGGAGUACAUGAGGGGUUGGAGUGUGGAAAACAGCCCAGUCCUCAUAGGCAGGAGAUGUGGAAGGAGGCACCCCCAGGCAGCUGCUGUGUAACCCUCGGGAUGCUGCUGGAAGGAAGGUGCAUGGGUACAAAUACUCAGUGUAAUACAGAUUAGAUACUCCUUCGAAUUUGGAGUCUGUGGGUAUUCCCAGCAAGCAGCUGAGAGACAAAUACCUCCCACCACACACACACACACACUUCUCAGCUCCUCCAAGUGCUCACUGAGAGCAGCUGCACAUGUCAUUUCUCCCCUCACUGCCUGUCCCCUUUCCGUGCUCUGCAGCAGCACAAGGAUGCACGUGGCAGUAGGGGGGGGUCCAGCUGUCUUAAACUGCAGCAUUUUCUCCAGAACUCUUAGGAUUGGAAAUUCAGUGGUUGUUUUAAACUCCACAAAAGGGAAGUGUGAGCUGAGCUGUUUCUUCAAUGUGUCAGCCCAGCAUCUGCCCUUCUCCCAGCUCCAUGUGCUGCAGCACAACAACAAACUUAGUGACAGAGGACUUCUCCUGAAACAUUCUCCCUGUGAUGGUAGGCUUUGUCCUGUGAUGACUGCCCUUAGAGUAAAGGAGUACAGACAAUGAGACUAAAAGAAUAUUUUGGGUAAUUGCUGGGCUCAUACUGGAGUAUUCUUUUAGUUCCCUAGCACCUCCUCUCUGUUCUUGGAUGUAUAAUUUAGCAGAAGCAUUAUGAUGUAAUUUAUUUCAAGUGUUUCUGUGUUUUAAAGCAUUGAAAUAUAAUUAAACUAUUUACAUGAAA